UCGGACGAGGAGGAUGAGGAGUUUCAGUUCAUCAAGAAGGCGAAGGAGCAGGAGGUGGAGCCCGAGGAGCAGGAGGAGGAACUGGCCAAUGACCCCCGUCUGCGGCGGCGGCCGGAACCCAUUUCCCGGGGCGGGGGGGGUUUUGGUUGUCUCUCCGGCAACAGCAGACUGGCAAGACACCGCAAGAUCGUGGAGCCUGAGGUGGUGGGAGAGAGCGACUCAGAGGUGGAGGGAGAAGCUUGGCGCCUGGAGCGGGAGGACACCAGUGAGGAGGAGGAGGAAGAGAUCGAUGAUGAGGAGAUCGAGCGCCGGCGCGGGAUGAUGCGUCAACGAGCACAGGAGAGGAAAACUGAGGAGAUGGAGGUGAUGGAGCUGGAGGAUGAGGGUCGGUCCGGAGAGGAGUCCGAGUCGGAGUCAGAGUACGAAGAGUACACUGACAGCGAGGACGAGAUGGAGCCGCGUCUCAAACCUGUCUUCAUUCGCAAGAAGGACCGGAUCACAGUCCAGGAGCGAGAAGCAGAAGCCCUGAAGCAGAAGGAGCUGGAGCAGGAGGCAAAGAGGAUGGCCGAGGAGAGACGCAAGUACACGCUCAAGAUCGUAGAAGAAGAAGCGAAGAAGGAGCUGGAGGAGAACAAGCGCUCGCUGGCAGCACUAGACGCACUCGACACAGACGAUGAGAACGACGAGGAGGAGUACGAGGCCUGGAAGGUCCGUGAGCUGAAGCGCAUCAAACGGGACCGCGAGGAGCGAGAAGCCAUGGAGAAGGAGAAGGCGGAGAUCGAGCGCAUGCGGAACCUGACGGAGGAGGAGCGCCGGGCCGAGCUCCGGGCCAAUGGCAAGGUCAUCACCAACAAGGCUGUGAAGGGCAAAUACAAGUUCCUGCAGAAGUACUACCACCGUGGUGCCUUCUUCAUGGAUGAGGACGAGGAGGUGUACAAGAGGGACUUCAGUGCCCCGACCCUUGAGGACCACUUCAACAAGACCAUCCUGCCCAAAGUCAUGCAGGUCAAGAACUUUGGGCGCUCGGGGAGGACAAAGUACACACACUUGGUGGACCAGGAUACCACCUCUUUUGACUCUGCCUGGGGCCAGGAGAGCGCACAGAACACCAAGUUCUUUAAGCAGAAGGCAGCAGGUGUGCGGGAUGUCUUCGAGAGACCCUCGGCCAAGAAGCGAAAAACCACCUAAGGGCGCAGGCAGGAGGGCCUGGCAUGGCUGACGUCGGCAGGAGGGUACUGCUCUGCCAGCUACCGGAACCUGGGCAGGGACAGAAGGGACACAGUCUCAUGUUGGGACUCCUGUGGUGACAAGUCCAUCCUCUGCC